AUGGAUUAUAAUGGUGGGACUGUCCUAGCCAUGGCUGGGAAGAAUUGUGUUGUCGUUGGAUCUGAUAAACGCCUUGGAGUGCAAAAUCUUACUGUAUCGACUGAAUUCCAAAAAGUAUUUCCGGUUACAGAAAAAUGUUAUAUUGCACUUCCUGGUUUAGCUACUGAUGUUCAAACUUUAUCGGAAUUAUUUCGUUUAAAAUGUAACAUGUAUAAAUUACGUGAAGAACGUGAAAUCGAACCACUUACAUUGGCAAAUAUGAUAUCCUCAACAUUGUACGGAAGAAGGUUUGGCCCGUAUUUUUGUGAGCCAAUAAUUGCCGGUCUUGACAAAAAUAAUAAACCACAUAUCUAUGGAAUGGAUUUGAUAGGAUGUCUUAAUUAUCCAGAUGAUUUUACUGUUGCUGGAUGUGCAGAAGCUGCUUUAUUUGGAAUGUGUGAAUCUUUAUGGGAGCCUGAUUUAGAACCUGAUGAGUUAUUCGAAACAGCAUCACAGGCUUUGUUGAGUGCCGCUGAUAGAAAUUCCUUAGUGGGAUGGGGCGCUGUUAUUCACACAAUGUAA